AUGGCUCCGCGCUCCCGCCGCCUUCCGCCUCCCGCCUUCCGCCUUCCGCCGCGCCUGUGCCCGCCCCCGCGACCCGGAACGGCAUCGGGAACGGGAACGGGAACGGCAUCGGGAACGGGAACGGCAGCGGGAUCGGGAUCGGCAGCGGGAACGGCAUCGGGAACGGGAACGGAAUCAGGGUCGGGAACGGCAGCGGGAACGGCAUCGGGAACGGGAACGGAAUCAGGGUCGGGAACGGCAGCGGGAGCGGGCGCUCCCGGUGAGCAGCGGCCGCAUCGUUGUGUCACUUGGCGUGUUAUCGGCUGGGGACGGAGGGAGGAACGGGGAGAGAAGCGAAGGCGGGAUGCGGUGCUGCCCUGCACGGCCUCCCGGGCCGCUCCCUGCGCGCAGGGGCAGAGAUGCUCCGCGGAGAGCCCGGGAGCUACCGAGGGCCCGUGUGGUGCGCCCGGAUCGCUGGUGGAGCAGCGGGUGCGGAGGCUCCUCGGGGGCCGCUGCAGAGCCGGCAGACGCUGCUGGUGCGGCCGCAGGCGCUGUGCAGGAGCGCUGCUGGCUCGUCCGUGCUGGAAGCUGGGGCGGCCGGGGCUCGGGGGUGUGCCGGAGCCGCCCUGCCCUGUGCACCGCUGGUCGCCGAGAGCGGCUUUUAGUCCGCCGGGGAGCCGGUGUUUGCUUAGUGACGGACACAGCGGCGGCCUAGGGACUGUGACCCAGCGCUGCAUCGCGCAUCUGACCUCCGCCUUGUGCUUCUUCCAUUAUUUUCUGCGCUGUGAGCUGUCUUCCGUAGGUUGUCAUCUUCCAUUGUCCUAUUUUCUUCCACUCGCUCAAAGCUUCUGGGGUUUUGUAAUGAAAAUAAUUCGUCUCCGAAGCUGA